CACAUAGGUUAUUAUACAAUUUAAAUAAAAUAAUGAAUGAGGAUUCAAAAUGUGAGACAAUUAUCAUUUGCGGGGUAGAAACGUGAUAUUAAAAAUAGACUAUGAACAGGCUCGUAACUCCGUGUGCAAUUCUAGUUGGACAGCAGCCCACUUUAAAAGCUUGAUUAACGUUACGAUGCAGUUUGUUGUGGUGUUGUGCAUAUAAAGAAAUACUAAAUCAAUUGUCAAUCACGAUGGAGAUUUUGCGUGAUGAUGAAGAACAAGAGCUCAAAUAUAAACGCACGGGUCGUUUGGACAUGAGCCACGGUUUCUUACACCACAUUCGAAGGAACCAGAUUGCCAGAGAUGACUAUGAUAAGCAAGUGAAGCAGGCCAAUGAGCAUCAGAGGCCCAGGCACACCACUACCUCCCGACACCCCCGACGACCAGACAUCCAAGUGUACCAUCCUCGACGUGGAAAUGGAUCUCAGCCAGGAGUGGGGGCAGAGACUGAGGAGUGGAAUGAGAGUGGGUCCAGUACAGAGCCAGAGACCCAUGGAACUGAGCUUUUCUGGCUGGACUACCAGGCUGACUCUGGCCAUGUCACCUCCUACAUCGUACUCAAGGAGGAUAAGCCAGAGAGGGUGGUGGAGCGCGUAGCGGAGGAGAAUGUUCUGGACUCCACCAUGAGGAUGGCACUGCAGGCCCGGCUUCGAAAGGAAAUGGAUAAGCGGCGGAACAAACGCUAAAGGAGGAGAAUGGAGUUGACAAACGGGUGAGGAGGACCAAGAAGCCUCUGUUUACCCUCUGGCCAACGCUCUCCCUGUAUGUAAAGAAUGCUAGUAGCAGAGGACUAAUGUGGACCCUCAUCCCGAGGGACUGUAAGCCAGGAUCCGAGUGACUUCACACAGCCAAGCCGUCCCCUCUGUGUGGAAUAGAUUGACUUACAGAAUGGUAGAAAUGGAUCUGACCUCAUAGCUCCUCUAUUGGACUGGCAUUGGCUGUCAACCUGCUCCCAAGGACCUAGCUGAUACAACCUGGACCCCUCUCUUAGCCACACCAGGCCUUAACUGUAACCCCCCCACCUUUGACCAUUAGGCUGGAGAGCAAAUCUUUUGGUCGUAGCUGUUCUGUUUUUUUGUGUUUGUUACAAAUGUGCCGUGGUCAUGACUUCGCUCUAUUCUAAUUUAUUUUUGAUUGGCCUAUAUUUUCUGAGACUUUAUUUUUGAUAAUGUACAUUUAUGGAGAGGUCCUUAUUGUUUCAGUAUUACAUACUGUAUAUUAAAUAUAGAUAUUUUCCA